CGUAUAUAAGACAUCUCUGCCGCAGUUUCUUUCUUUGGAAUAAUGUCGGCUGAAUAUGACAAUAGAGACAAUGGCCCAGAGGGCAUGGAGCCAGAUGGGGUCAUUGAGAGCAACUGGAACCAGAUCACGGACAGUUUUGAUGAGAUGAACCUGCGCGAGGCUCUGCUCAGGGGAAUUUAUGCCUAUGGUUUUGAGAAGCCUUCUGCUAUCCAGCAGAGGGCUAUUAUGCCUUGUAUCAAGUGUUAUGAUGUGAUCGCUCAAGCCCAGUCUGGCACUGGGAAGACUGCCACCUUUGCCAUUUCCAUCCUCCAGCAGAUUGAUGUGGAGCUGAAAGCCACCCAGGCCCUGGUCCUGGCUCCCACUAGGGAGCUGGCUCAGCAGAUCCAGAAAGUGGUGCUGGCCCUGGGCGACUACAUGGGAGCCAGUUGCUACGCCUGUAUCGGAGGGACCAGCAUCCGCAGUGAAGUCCAGAAGCUGCAGGCUGAAGCUCCUCACAUUGUGGUGGGAACCCCUGGCCGUGUCUUCGACAUGUUAACUCGCAAAAACCUCUCUUCUAAGCACAUCAAAAUGUUUGUGCUGGACGAGGCCGAUGAGAUGCUGAGUCGAGGGUUCAAGGACCAGAUCUAUGAGAUCUUCCAGAAACUGGCAAGCAGCACACAGGUUGUCCUACUGUCGGCCACCAUGCCGGCUGACGUUUUGGAGGUCACAAAGAAGUUCAUGCGUGAUCCUGUCAGAAUCUUGGUAAAGAAGGAGGAGCUGACCCUCGAGGGUAUCCGCCAGUUCUACAUCAAUGUAGAGAAAGAGGAGUGGAAGCUAGACACGCUGUGUGACCUGUAUGAAACCCUGACCAUCACACAAGCGGUCAUCUUCAUCAACACAAGGAGGAAAGUGGACUGGCUGACUGAGAAGAUGCACGCCAGAGACUUCACCGUGUCCGCCCUGCAUGGUGACAUGGACCAGAAAGAGAGAGACUUGAUCAUGAGGGAGUUCCGCUCUGGCUCCAGUCGAGUCCUCAUCACCACUGACCUGCUGGCCAGAGGUAUUGAUGUCCAGCAGGUGUCCCUAGUCAUCAACUACGACCUGCCGACCAAUAGAGAAAACUACAUCCACAGGAUUGGUCGGGGUGGUCGUUUCGGCAGGAAGGGAGUAGCCAUCAACAUGGUGACUGAGGACGACAGGCGAACCCUGAGGGACAUUGAGACAUUCUACAACACCACCGUGGAGGAGAUGCCCAUGAAUGUGGCCGAUCUUAUCUAGAAGAGUCGACGCGCCCAUCGUCCACCCCCUCCUCCCCACUUCUUUUAGCAGUCAAAACUUUGUUUCUUACGCGAUCUGAAUUCUAAGAACUUCCUUUUGCUAAAUUCCACCAUGACUUUACCCUCUACAUUCUAAGGGAAGGAAGAGCACGGCCGUUAUUCCUUCCCAACCUUUGAAAUAGUUUUUGGCCGUUUUUUUUGGAAGGAUGAAUUACUGACCUGCUUCAUCUGCUUGCCAUAGUCCAUUACCCCCCAUAUUGGCACCUAAAUUCUUCCUGCAGCUAAUGUCUCCUUGAAACCGUGAUUCGAACAUUCGUUUUGCAAACUGACGACUUUCAACAUUCAAUGAGUGAGUUUGUAAAAGUGCAAAACAUAACCGCGUUUCCAAAAGCACCCCCCCAAAAAAAAAAAAAACCCUAACAACAAAGUUGUUAUAAGGACUCUAGCUCUGACUGUUGGCAAAAGCUUAACAUUAAAUUAACGUUGAUAACAUGCACGACGCUAACAUGAAGAUCAGAAAAGCUUUUGAGAAACGCGGCUGUGAUUUGCACCCCGGACGCGUCACCAGGUGCCACGCUCCUCGGUGACGGAUUUAGCCUGCAGACUCUGAUCUAAAUGAAAGGGGACGUGCUGCAUUGGACCAGAUCAGUAUUUAAACAACCUUCAGUGUACUGGAAACAGCCUUUAACUCACAUCCAUGAUAUCAUGUUCAGAAGAGGUUUUGGGGCUAGAGUACACAGGGCGUAUUCAAUAAAAAGACCUAUAUAGUAAAAUCCA